AUGUCGUUUGAAAACAUAGUUCAAUUGCUCGAGACCGUGGCUAGUGAGGCCCACAGUGGUAAGGUCAUCUGUUACCCCUCUGGCCCGACCAAAUGCCGCACAUCACACUCCUAUGGCGAGCUCCUGCACGAGGCACGCAGGGCUUGCCAAGCGCUUCGCGCUAGAUUUAGUGACCUGGUCUCGGGAUCUCCAGUCCUCUUGCAUUUUACCUCUCAUUGGGACAAUAUCGUCUGGUUCUGGGCUGUCAUUCUGGCAGGAUGUGGCCCUGUCAUAUCGACAGCGCUUCCUAACAGCCCGUUCCUUCGACUAGCUCAUCUGAAACAUCUAUCAGUGAUGUUGAAGAAGCCAUUGUGUUUGACUAGAAUGAGUCAAGUGCCAGAGUUUGAUGAUCAAGACGCAAUCAAGCCCGUCUCCAUCGAGUCUCUCUCAUGGUCCAAAAGUCCUUCGACAUAUAACGCGACUGUCAAUGCUAAGCCGGACGAUACUGCAGUCAUGCUGCUUACCUCUGGCAGCACUGGGAACUGCAAGGCUGUCUGUCUCGCUCAUGGUCAAAUCCUGGCAGCGAUCACCAGCAAACUCGCAGUCAUACCGCUUGCCGGCCAGAGCUUUCUGAACUGGGUCAAUCUCGAUCAUGUCGCAGCACUCGUUGAAAUCCAUCUACAAGCAAUGCUAGCUCGCAUGGACCAGGUGCACGUUCCUGGCUCAGACCUCUUGUCGAGCCCCGCCACCUUCUUUGACCUCAUCGAUGCACACCGUGUGUGUCGCACGUUCUCGCCUAAUUUCUUCUUGGCCAAACUCUGCACUGCUGUUCGAAGUCAAGAAGAUUCACCGAAGUGGGAUCUCAGCUGCCUGCAGUACGUCGCUGCUGGGGGUGAGGCUAACGUGACCCGAACCUGUGCCGAGAUCUCACAACUGAUGGUUCAAAAUUGGGCGCCACCCAAUGUGAUCGUACCGGGGUUCGGUAUGACCGAGACUUGUGCCGGGGCCAUCUACAACACGCAAUGCCCGGAGUAUGACCUGCAGCAAAAAUUGGAGAUUACGUCUGUUGGCCAGUGCAUGUCCGGGAUUCGGGUUCGAAUCUCAGAUGGCUCGUCCGGCAAUGGCUCGUCCGGCAAUGACUCUGUCCCCAAUGGCGAGAUCGGAAACUUGGAGGUCACUGGACCUGUAGUUUUCAGAUCCUACUUCAACAAUCCCACAAACACGGCAGACUCGUUCACCAGUGACGGCUGGUUCAAGACGGGUGAUCGUGGCAUGCUGGACAGCAAUGGAUAUCUCACAUUGGCCGGUCGCGCCAAGGACACGAUGAUUGUCAACGGGGUUAAGUACGACCCACGAACGGUUGAACGAGCGCUCGACGACGCAGGCAUUCCAGGGCUCACGCCUUCCUUCAAUUGCUGUUUCUGCUCGUUACCAAGAGGAGCCGAAACCGAAGAGAUUUGUCUGGUAUACCUGCCAACAUACCAGAAUGAUGAUAUUUUGGCUCGCGUUCAAACCACGGAUGCCGUUUCCAAGACAGUGAUGAUGUGCAUUGGUGCACGGCCACGGGUUAUCCCACUCUCGAAAUCUCUCCUCCGGAAAACCGCUCUGGGCAAGCUAUCCCGGGCACAUAUUAAAGGGAGCUAUGAGCGAGGCGAGUACCAGUUUUACCUGGAUCUUAACACCCAGAUGGUGAAGUUGUACAGAACAAUCACGGAAGAACCUCCGAAAAACAAACUUGAAGCCACUCUACUGUCCAUUUUCAACGACACUCUCGGUCUCCAGGACAGGGACUUUGGGGUAUACAGCCCUCUCGUCGAUCUCGGAAUCACAUCGAUCGAGCUCAUCAGACUCAAAAAAGCUCUCGAUACACGGCUGGAGCUGUCUCAGGAAAUCCCGAUGAUCGUGCUACUGAGGAAUCAAACCAUUCGAGCCCUAAGCGACUCCAUCUGCGCCCUUCAGGCAGCCGACCGGCAAACCACUCAUGUCUACAACCCGGUCGUCGUACUGCAGAUUAAUGGACAGAAAACGCCUCUCUGGCUCGUACACCCUGGGGUUGGAGAAAUACUGGUCUUUCUCAACCUGACCAAAUACAUCCCAGAUCGUCCCGUCUUUGCCCUCAGUGGCGAGGCUUCAACAGCUCCGAGGUACCCUAUCAAGCAGAAGCAGCCACAGGGCCCCUACGCAAUUGCUGGCUACUCUUACGGGGCCAUGUUGGCCUUUGAAAUCAGCAAACGCCUCGAGCAUAAUGGUGAUACCGUUGCGUUCCUUGGCUCGUUUAAUCUCCCGCCACACAUCCGCUCGCGCAUGCGGCAGCUAGACUUCCGGCAGUGCCUGCUGCAUCUCGCGUACUUUCUAGAUCUUACGAGCGAGGCCCGCGCGAGUGAACUCGCAACGGAGCUAGGAAAAGGCAUGACCCGGGAAGAAGCGCUGGAGGUUGUCUGGCACAAUGCAGACGCAGCUCGGCGGAUGGAACUUGCUCUCACGCGGGAAGGUCUGCUGAAAUGGGCGUGUCUUGCUUUUGGACUGCAGAGCAUGGCAGUCGAGUAUGAACCGUCCGGGUCGGUCAUGGCCAUUGAUUGUUUCUACUGCAUCCCUCUUGUCGGGGUUGCAACUUCCAAGCGGCAGUGGUACGACGAGCAUAUGGUCAAGUGGAGGGACUUUUCCCGUUCUGAGCCACGCUUUCAUGAUGUCGGCGGUGCGCACUACACAAUGCUGGCGCCGGAGCAUGUGUUUAGAUUUCAGAAGACGUUGCGCCGGGCGCUAGAAGAUCGAGGGCUUUAA